GUGGGAGAUUACUUUUUGGUCCCUUGGUCUAUAUGAGAUUUUAGUCCGGAAAAGAACUCAAGUACGUUAUUAUCUCACGGCGGAAGUGAUAGACGACGAAGAAGAAGAUGGAGAAAUCGAAGAAGGCAGAUAUGACGUUCAUCGCCUCAAUGAACGACGACAUUCUACAGAACAUUCUCCAACGAUUACCCGCGAAACCGUUCGCCUUCGCUUCCUGCGUUAACCGAUCGUGGAACAUCGUCUGCAAUCACAUCCUCUCUCGCCCCAAAAUGGUCUCCGCUUUCUCCAGAAACUCCGAUCAACUCAAAGCUGUAGAAGAAGCAAUUGAUAAAGCUUUGUCUGAGCCAAUCCGACCAGAUUUCGUCAUUGCAAACGUUACAUGUGGGUAUAUCGGAAAAACCUUGGAUAUGAUAACUGAAAGAGUGGGAACAAGGGUUCCUGUUAUUGUAUCCGUAGUUGAAGGAGUAUUGGGAAAAGAAUCGUGUAACGACAAGGCUGGAGAGGUGAAGCAUGAAGUUGGCUUAACUAAUGAUGACAUGUUCACCGGUCCAAGUUCUUUUGUAGUGCUGUUGACCGUUGGCUACUUGCCAGGAAUCAAAGUCGACGUUAUUCCUGUAAUUCAAGCAAAAGAGGAAUGUGAAGCUAGAAUUGGAGACAAAUUAGUGAUGGAUAUUAGGAAUUUUGUGUCCGCAGUUUCAGAUGAUGCUGCCCCAGCCUGUCUUAUGCUCUUCGGGGUUGAUACUUAUGUCACAGAACCUAUCAUUCGAAAAUUGGACUAUGCCAUGCCUGCUGAAACCAUUAUCGUGGGUGAUCAAAGGGGGGAGGAAUUUUUACAUAAACGAGCUAAUGAAUUAAGAAAAUUUGAGUUUCAUGAAGACGAGAGCAAAGUUCUUGCAUGUCUAAUCUUCGCAAGAGAUAGACACAGACCCGUUGCAGAAGCUGGGAGAGUUCAGUUUCACACUGCAAUAUCAAGAGGAAUCUCACCGGUUGAUUUGAGGUACAAGGUGGCUAAUACUCUGCCUAGUACUCUGCCUAAAUGGCCUGCUACACUUAUGACGGCAAAAAGAAUUGGAGAAGCAGAUGUUCUCAAUGGAGAACAGAUUCUAGAUGACAUAGAAGCAAAUCAGUUAGGAAACCCCCUCCGGGUGGAUGAUCCAUGCAUCGGAGUGAUAAAAAGAAGAAAAUACUCAGUUGGUUUGGAGCAGAAGCCAGAGAUCAUUGCCUCACUUGUGUUUCAUCUAGUUGCUGGAGCCGAUGAACAGUAUCUAACAGUCAAAGGCGCUGGAAUCGAAACGGGUGAUGAUUUCCAAGUUUACAUCCCUGACCUCAAAGUGGCUGAAGCAUCACUGGGUGCUGUAUCUUCUCAGCUUAGAAACAUCGUGUCCAAACCGAAUAAACGGGAGGUUGUUGGAGGUUUUGUUUUCGCUGAUAGUGGACGUGGUGACUUCUUCUUUGGUCGUCCAAACGCAGAUACCUCGCCGUUUUUGGAGAACUUCCCGGAGUUGCGUUUUGGUGGUGUAUUCUGCGACGGUGAGAUCGGAAGAGGCUUGUUCGUGGAGGAGGAAGAAAGUAGCAGUCAGGGUCAGGGAUGUCUUCAUGUUGUUAGUUCUGUUUAUCUUAUUGUCUCGUAUGCAUGUUCUUAAUCCGAACAUGUUUGUUUUCUUUAUGUUUUUUUAAGGAAAUUAAAGACUCUAAUUUAAAGCAAAACUUUUAUUUAAA